AUGGCACCGCAGUCGCAGGUGACGGAGUCCCGCUUCGAGCCUUGCGCCUCCACAGCAUCAUUAUUCCUCUAUGCCCAGGGUUCCGUGAUCCUAUGCUUGCACCAUGAUACUCUGGCGGUGGAACGUCGCUUUACCAGCCACCAGGAUAAUAUCGAGUUCAUAUCAGUGGAUAAUGUGAGCGAGCGCGGUGCGGGAAGGCUGGUUGUCAGCUACGACGUGGGCCAAACUGCAAUAGUCUGGGAUAUUUUUACGGGUACCGAGAUCGCGCGAUUUGCAUCAUUCGAGCAUUUGAGAGUCGCAUCGUGGAUGCGCAAUGGAAACGUUGCAUUUGGCAACGGCAAGGGUGAAGUAAUUCUUUUUGAACCUCCAACAUCAGAGCAUAUUUCAGCGCGCACAAUUUUCGAUCCAAUUACAGCUCUUGCGCCAGCAACAGACUGUCGCACAUAUGCGAUUGGUUACCAGAAUGGAUCAAUUUUGAUCGCUAACCUUCUUCCUCAAUUUACCAUCCUUCAUACAUUGACUACUUCCCGUGGGCCAUCGCCCAUCCUUUCCAUAGCAUGGCAUGCCUCGUCAUCGAAGCAGAAAUCGGACAUGUUAGCAACACAGGCUUCCGAUGGUGAUCUGCGAGUUUGGAGCGUAGCGAAACCGCCAGGAAAAGAGUCACCACGAGUUAUUCGAGUGCUGAAAAGAUCCGAUUCGACGUCUUCAGAUCCAAAGUGGAUGGCUUGGUCGAAGAAUGGAAGGAUUGUGCAGUAUCUUGAUGGGGAAACAUGGUCAUGGGAUGUUCGAACGAAGCACGUAACCUACGAGCCAAUCCCUACGAUACAGGGUGUGCGAGGCAUCGCGAGCUACGGUCCUACGGCAACACUUUUCACACUCGGCCCUCAGGAUACAGUACAACAGUAUGACUUGGAAUCUCCAGCCAUGGUUGCCAACGUUCAACAUCUUGCGGUUGCUUCACGGUCGACGGCAUCUGAAGGAAGUCGAUCAAGAACAAUGUCCCCACGUCGCCUGCAGGAUCCCCCCGACAUUCGCGAAAAGGGAGCCGGAAGACGGACGCCAUUUGACACGAAUGGUGUAGAAAGUGCGAAGCAAGCAAGGGCAGAUCUUAUCAGCCCCGCAUCUUCAAGAAGUCGGACGGAAUCUGUUAGCUCAAAAGCUUCCUCUGGAAAGUACAAGAUGGACCGGCCAUUUUCACCACCGAGUCGAUCUGCCCAGAGUGGAACGUCAUUUUCUAUGAGUGGCCAGGAUACCCCACAACCUUCGGCUUCAUACGCUUAUGCAUCUUCCAUUUCCAUGUCGUCGGCGAAAAGCUCCCGGGCUGGGUCUCGACUUCGAAACGAAGUCCACUUGAGUCCCGCUGAACGAAACAUUGUCGAUCUCUUUCCAUUUACCCGUGCGCGAUUAAACGAUGUACCAUAUAGACAGACACCGCCUCUUGACGAGACGCAUCUUACCCCAGAUGAUUUACGACAGCAGAUGCUCAGUGUGGUGUUUGGGUGGGACGGUGAUAUUCAAGAUUUGUUAAGAGACGAGCUGAGCCGUCACAAGGAAGGAAGCCAGAGCGCUAUUUUACUCACCCGAUGGUUGAAUGAUAAUGACUCUGAUCAAAUGGCAGCAAUGCUGGGACCUGGCCAAGUGACAAUAGCAGAUUGGAUGAUAUUGGCGCUGAGCCAGAUGAGCGGGCAGACACAGGCGAACAAGGUCGGACAGGCUUUUGUGCAAAAAUUGCUCGAGAUUGGAGACAUUCACACUGCGGCUUCCAUUCUCCUUGGAAUUGGGGAUUGUAAUGAUGCAAUUGAGGUCUACGUUUCUCGAAAUCAUUUCAUGGAGGCUAUCCUCAUGACCUGUCUUCUGAUGCCAACAGAUUGGCAGCGCCAGUCAUAUCUCGUUCGUCGCUGGGGAGAAUAUGUGGUCUCUCAUUCUCAGCAACAGCUCGCCAUCCGCUGUUUCAUGUGCACCGGGGCUGAACCGACUGAGCCUUGGACUUCACCAGCCGCCCAGCAGGCUGCAUCAUUCGCAGAAAUGAUUCGAGGAAAGUCACCAUUGGCAUCUCCAGAGCCCACACAACCCCUCGGCCCCAGUCUGAUACCUCCUCCAAACCGGCCAAAGUCUGGAUCAGCUCAACGCCCAGCUGGAAAGACCCCCGCGCUAAAACUCAUUACAUCCUUCGAUCAUCAACCGAAUCAGCGUUACCGAUUCCCUGGCUUAAAAUCAGACGAUCGUACGCCAACUAACGCGCCUGGUGUUACUCCAAUCGCCGAGUCCGCCGUUCCUGAUUCAGCCAUGUCUCCCGGUGGCUUUGGAUCGUACAAACUCAACAAUAUCCAAAGUCUCAGCCAGGCGAUGACUUCUCGAACAAACACCCCCGCCUUCAAUCGUCGUCGCCUACCCUCUAUUGGAGAGACCCCGGUAGAUGUCCACCCUCCAGCAUUCUCACGAAACCACUCCUACAACACAAGCAAUUAUGGUUCGACGUCCGAGAAUGACGACACGAGUGGACAUGAGCACAGCCAGGAUGAACGGCCCUCAGAUGGUGGCUUAUUGACCUUGUCUUCGGCACGAUAUAACCCCUCCUCGGAGAGUAAUUCCAUGAAGCCAAGUCCUCAGACAGCCGUUCAGGCUCCGGAUCAUUUUGCUUCCCUCAAGGGACUACCAUCUCCAGCGCCGGGCUUCAUUGAUGCACUCAGAGAGCAUUCUGACAUCCGGAAUGGGUCAAGGGAUCGAAAGCCAAAUGGACUACAGCUUGACCUAGUUCAAGCAGAAGAGGCUCCGCUUGACUCCCAGGGACUAUUACCUAGCGGCAAGAGUACGACUUCAACCCUGAACAGCUACACCUCCGCCAAGAGCCCGAGUGUCCGCAGUAUCGACCAGUAUAUCAGCAGUCUCGAUGAGGCAAACUAUCAUGCCAGAAAACAAAAUGGCCGUCGUACCCCUGGCCGCGGUCGGCGGAAUACGGACGACACCAGUAGUCAACAAGGAUCUCGUGUUCAUCAAUCCCGCGAGGUAUCUCAGGAAACUCGUGGCCGAAAUGAGCGACGAUACAUUCAGCCCGCUAAGCGUUCGCCUUCGUCACCAGUACCCAUGUCACCCGAGGAACUAGCUCGAUACCACACUGGAGACUCUGAGAAGCCACGAGAAUCACGCAAGAAGGGAUCAUCUCGUGCCAGAAGCGGAAGCAAGAUGAGAAAGGAUGGGUCGCGAAGCCGUCAGCGUUCGUCCAGUCGACACAAAGCAAACCGCUUCCAGGACGCCUCUUCUCGGGGUCGCAGCGUUGACCGCACAGGAUCUGCCGCUCGAUCACCGUCUUCACCAUUGCCCAUGUCUCUGCCAGCUCAGGGCGUCCUUAGAGCAGAUGAUGCAGAGGAUCCACUCCGGCUUGUUUCUGGAGACCGACGCUUGCGCUCGCGUCACCGGAGUGCUAGUCGUCGCCGAGUAGAGCGAGGAGCAAGCUCGAAGCGAGAUGAAUCUCCAGAGACCCGACACAUGCCAUCUUACAGUGUUCCCGAAGUUCGACAAGCCCCCGAGCCAGAGAUUCCUGCCCAGUCAGGCGGACAUGAGCAAUUGAGUGCCAAGGUCUUUGGUCAGGAGGAUUUGUUCCUCAAUGGGAACACCUACAAGCCGGAGCCAGUUUCUGAUGAUGCCCAAGAGUUGGUAUCUCCGACAACACCGUUUGUCAGCCUGGCUGAGAAAAAGAGAAGAGAGCUCGCAGCUGCUGAACUCGAGGCCCGGCGUCUUUCUCUAGCUCGCAACCCGUCUGCCCCGAAUAUUCCGUUCCCGGGCGAACUAUACAAUGCGCGAAGCCCAGUGGAUAGUCCGCCCCAAGUCUCUGGAUCGUUCUUCCCAAGGGCGCCAUCUCGAAACAAGAUUCCUCCUAGCAAGAACUCCCCGGAAUACCAGAGCGGAUCCGACUCUAGCUCCUCUCGAUCAGGUGUUCCUCUAGGACUACCUGCGACUCCUCGAGCGAUGAGACACCCAAAGUAUGGUGCCAAUGGGCAUGAAGUGGAACGACCUCCCUCAGUUCCAACUAUCCCAACGGAUUACUCGAACGGCAUUCUUCUCUCCGACGCCCGGUAUUCAGGUUAUCAAAAUGAGGCCGAGAGAAUCCCACGCUCCAUGUCUGUCCCCGUAGCAGAGGCCCAAGCCAACAACGCCUCGGUCCCAUCUGAUAUUCCCAUGCACCCACGAUUCAACCCCCAUCUCCCACGCAGCCGCUCCAGCAGCCGGAGUCGAAACAUGGGCCACCGACGCACCAGCUCCGGCGGUUAUGUCUCGGGUACAUCCCCCCACGUCACGAUCAGUAUCGAGGAGACAAUCGAGAACGCAAUACAACGAAGACCCUCAGGCGUCCAAGUUGAGAUGAUUCCACCUCCCCCUCCACCACCUAUCCUCCCGGAGUUACAGCAUCUCAACACACCCCCGCCUCCACCCCCAAUCCCACUUUCCACUGACCCAACUUCGCCCCGGGAAUCUUCUGCCACGAUUGACAUUGCCAUCGACCACGUAAACAUGGGUCGUCUGCUUCCCCGUGCUAUGACCGCUGCUCCGGCUUUGAGUGGGCCGAACACUCAUCAGAAUGCGAGCCGAAGGAUGUCGUUCGAGCACCGGCGGAAUCGGAGCUCGAAUGAGAGCUUUGCGAAUAAGCUGCGCAGUUUGACUCGGAUGCGGAGCAAUAGCCGCAGUGUGGAACCGUGGGGAAACACUGAGGCUGAAUGGCCGUAUAAUGACGUGCCAUUGUCGCAUGGUCAGAGCAAUGGUUUCUAA